ACAUGCCACGCCCACCGACAGAUAGUUACAUCCCUAGUGGGAUGAACGAGAGAGAUUACGUCCGUGUUUUAGAUAGCAUUGAUGCUGAUAUUGAUGCGCACGUGACUGAGAUUCAGGAUCAGGUGGCGUUAGGGCUCCUCAGCAGGAUCAAGAAGAGCAUAGCGCAGGUGUUUCAUAAGACUCACGUCGACGAGUUCGCAGGCCGUGAGGACAGGUCUCGCUCAUUUGGACGGGCGUACGCUCGACGUCGACGGCCGCGUGAUGAUGACGCCGGCACUUCGCAUGCCGAUGGAGCCGGCACUUCACAGCUUCAUACACAGCCGGAUACUCAGAUAGUUGAGGCUCAUCAGCAGGAACCCAGGGGGCGGGGAAGAGCGAGGGGGAGGGGGAAGAGAGGGAGAGGAAGGAGGGGAGCUAUAUUGGGUUGUAUAUGAACUUAUUUUGAUAAAUUUUGUAACUUUCCUGAAUUUUCAAA